AUGCCCGCCACCCACGACGACGUCGCCAUCAUCGGCGGCGGCAUCGCAGGCAUGGCCCUCGCCCUCUCGUUCGCAACGCACUCCAUCCCCGCCACAAUCUACGAGUCCCGCGACGAGGUGCCCCUUCCUCACCACGCCGGUGGCGGCAUGAUGCUCUGCCCCAACGCUUUGCGCAUCCUUGACUCCUUGGACCUGUACAAACCCCUCCUCGGCAAGGCUUACAGCUUCGACUACGUCUACUACAAGGACCGCAAAGAGACCACUGUCGAUCGGUACCCGCUCGGCGGCGCCGAGGAGUUUGGCUACGACGCCGUGCGCAUCUUCCGUCAGGAGCUGAUUGAGAUCCUCGCCAAGGCGUGUCGCGAGCGCGGCGUCAGCAUCGAGUACGGCAAGCGGUUCGUGCGCGUUGUCGAAGAGGAUGAGGCGGGAGUGGAGUUUGAGUUCCAGGACGGGGGCAGGCGGCGGGCGGGUCUGCUCGUCGGCGCCGACGGGAUCCACUCCCGCGUGCGGAGCACCUACGUCGCGCCGGACGUGAAGCCGAACUUUGUUGGGCUCGCGGCGCUGACGUACGCGGUGCCCACGGCGCGGCUCCGCGUCCCGGCCGACAAGCACUACAAGUUCCCCGUCAGCGUGGCGAGCAGCAACGGCGUCUUCGUGCUGGCGCCGCAGGGGGCCGACGGCGGCGAGAUGCUGGCGGGGACGCAGGUGCCGUUCGACGCGGAGCGGGCGGCGCUGGGGCGGGAGGCGCUCAUGGCGGACAAGGAGGCGCUGAAGGCGCGGCUGAGAAAAGACGAGGAGAAUUGGCCGGAUGUGGUGAGGUCUGCGCUCGAGGAGAUACGAGACGAGACGAUGAACGUUUGGCCGUUCUUCAUGUUGCCUGCGCUGGAGAGGUGGGCCUCGGAAAAGGGGCGGGUGCUGGUGUUGGGGGACGCGGCGCACGCGGUUCCGCCUACGACGGGGCAGGGCGCAUCGAUGGCACUGGAGGAUGCGGCAACGUUGGCGCUUAUCAUGAAAAGGAUGAUAGAGGGUCAGGGGAAGAUUGGGUGGGAGGAAGGGGUUGGGUUCUGGCAGGGGAUCAGGAGGGAGAGGUUGGGGGCGUUGGUGGUUUUGACAAAGAUGUUGAACAACAAGAGGUUGCCGAGCGACAAGAUGGCGGAGCUGCCGAGAGAAGAAGUUUGGUUCGAAGAGGGAGAAGGCCAGAUGAAGUGGCUGUAUGUGCCCGAGAUUGAGGAUCGAAUCGAGGAGUGGGUGAAGGGGAAGACGCAGUGA